AUGUUGUCGGAUUCGAGGUUUGAUUCAGAGGAGGGGGGACGACUUCAUAAUGACCUUCCGACGCAUGGUGAUCGUUCAGGACACAGUGGCCAGUAUUCAUCCGGAGGCGUGGGCGAUAUUGGCAUUUACGUCAAGGCCAUCCUGGCGGAUCAGGACUCAAAGCAGAUCUUUUACUUCUUGUUGCUGAACCUGAGCUUCAUGUUUGUUCAGAUGCUAUAUGGUGUUUGGACCAACAGUUUGGGACUCAUUUCUGAUUCAAUUCAUAUGUUUUUUGACUGCCUGGCUUUGGGCGUCGGAUUGUUUGCAUCGGUAAUGAGCAAGUGGAACGCCAACAAGUCCUUCACCUACGGAUACAAUAGGAUCGAGACCCUUUCAGGAUUCUCGAACGGUAUCUUUUUGAGUCUGAUCUCGAUCUUCAUCGUCAUCGAGGCCAUCGAGCGACUGGUCCACCCUCCGGAGAUGAACACGCAUCGAUUGUUAUUGGUCAGUUUCCUGGGCUUUGUUGUCAACAUGGUCGGUAUCUUUGCCUUCAAUCACGGGCACGGUCAUGGACACUCGCACGGACACGGACAUGAUCAUCAUGGCCAUGAUCAUGGACAUGGACACAACGCGAACAUGCAGGGAGUGUUCUUGCACAUCAUGGCCGAUACAUUGGGAUCGGUCGGUGUCAUUAUCUCGACGCUCUUGAUUGAUUGGUUUGGGUGGACUGGAUUUGAUCCGAUCGCGUCCAUGUUCAUCGCUAUCUUGAUCUUCUUGAGCGUCAUCCCCCUGAUUAAGGACUCGGCCGCGGUGCUCAUGUUGGAGGUCCCAGACGCGAACUUGGGUAGCAUUGAACAUGCUCUGCAGGAGCUCACUAACAUCCCUGGAGUGGCAUCCUAUUCAUGCGCGAGGUUCUGGCCCAAUUCGCCAGAAUCGAUGAUCGGCAGCAUUCAUAUCCAAGUUUCUGCGACUGCACCUGGUGCAGGAGGCCAGGGCGACUCUUCUGUGCCGGAUACGAAGGCGAUCCAACAAUCAGUCGAGCAGACCCUGCUAUCGACGAUCCGGGGCUUGAGCGAGGUCGCUGUACAGAUCGAGAGAGAGGGCAUGGAUGGAUUUCAGUCAUGUUUCUGCAACGGGUCACGGUUAAAGAACGCGUCGGCGAAGAGGGACAGCUACCCUGGCAUGGGCUGGUCAAGCUAG